AUGCAGGCGUCUCCAACGCGUACGGUGGCCUUAGACGCUCUAGGACUGCUCAGCCAAGAGACUCCGUCCAGCAGACAAAUCAAAGGAAAUCCCCAAAAAGAAAUAAUAUCCAAAAAGUGCUUAAUUAGUGUUUUGGAAUGUAUUGAAUAUCUGAAAGACAAUACUGAGCAGUUCGGCCUGUUCUACCAACUGGGUUCUAGAACAAGAGCUCGAGAUAUCUUAUCUCGAAUAGAACGAGGCGACCAAGACAUUUUGCAAUCGUUAAGAACACAUGGAGGCCCAUUGGAAGUGGCCUCAGCUCUAAAGACAUUUUUGGUGGGUCUGAGAGCACCCUUGAUGCCUGCCAGGGUACAAGAAUUAAUAGUCGCCGACAAUGCAGGCGUCUCCACGCGUACGGUGGCCUUAGACGCUCUAGGACUGCUCAGCCAAGAGACUCCGUCCAGCAGGCAGAGGACGUUACUUUUGUCUCUUCUUGGGCUUUUGCAAAAAAUUAGCAACAACGCUAAUAGUAACAACACUCUGGGCGAACUGGAAGGAUCGCAUGCUGCACUGGUCAUGCUCCCAGUCUUUUUCAACUUUACGGUGGAUGUACUGCCACACUGGAGACGAAUAGCCGCAGUUUUCAAUGAGUUAUUAAUAUGCGUCCCAGGAUUAGACGAUCCAGAGAAUUCUGACAGCAUUAUACGUACAUUGGCGGAGCGACCUAGUGGCGAUUUGAGCAUCGACAUUCAACCUAUACCUGAUCCAUUGGUUCGUGUGCAGGAUCAGUACAGGCAGUUGCGACAAAAUCAGCAGAACAACAACGCUAUCAUUAGUAUGGGCGAAGGCGCAUUCUUACCACCUCCUUUAUAUCCAAGAGUGUUUUCCAGGGGUCGUCUGCACCCUGUCAUUAGAGGAGGGACUAAUGCGUCCAUGGUUCAUCAUCAUGAGCGACCACAUACGCAUACAAGAACUGUCAGUGCCACUAGGUAG